CCCUCAUCCGCGACGCAGUAAAAAUUCCCAUUGUACAAUACAAUUUUAAUUUGUACAACAGCUGUUACUGCCCUUUGACUCACUCAUUUCGAACACACAUAUACACACACAUUCUCUCUCUAUAUAUUAGCUUUCUUCUUCGCGUACAUAAACCUUUCCAAGGACCUCCAGCUUACCUUUUGCUACGUAGAAACAUAUAGUUACGUAGGUACCUAAUCUUUCCUCUUAUUUAAACGUUCUACAAACUUUUCCCGGGCUUCCUAUCUACAUACAUACAUCUAUCUACAUACUUCACUUAUACAUUUACACUUGCACUUGCACUUGCGCGACACUACCCGAUCUCGCCCGCUAUGCCUACCGUCCACUUGCUCGACUACGUUGCGGGCAACGUACGGUCCCUAGUCAACGCCGUCGAGAAGUGCGGAUACAGCGUCGAAUGGGUUCGCAGCCCGGACGAGGUCUCGCGCGCAGACAAGCUGAUUCUCCCUGGAGUCGGCCACUUCGGUCACUGCACAAGCCAGCUCGCCUCGGCCGGAUACCUGCCCGCCGUCCGCGCGCACAUCGACGCCGGCAAGCCGUUCAUGGGCAUCUGCGUCGGCCUACAGGCGCUAUUCGAAGGCUCCGUCGAAGACCCGGCCGCCCCGGGCCUCGGCUUAAUAAAAGGCUCCCUGGACCGCUUCGACGACGCCCAGAAGUCCGUCCCGCACAUCGGCUGGAACAGCGCUAAUGCCGGCGGCAAGAGCUUAUACGACCUGCGCCCGGACAGCAAGUACUACUACGUCCACUCGUACAAGUACCCGUACGCGAAGGGCGAGCUGGAGAGCCAGGGGUGGACCGUCGCGACGGGGGAGUACGGCGGGGAGGUAUUCGUGGGCGCGGUCGCGAAGAACAACGUGCUGGCGACGCAGUUCCACCCGGAGAAGAGCGGCGUCGCGGGCCUCAGAGUACUAAAGUCGUUCCUGACGGGCGAGGGCGCAAAAACGGUCGGGCAGGAGGUGGCCGGACCGGCGCCGACGGGGGGCCUGACGAAGCGCGUGAUCGCGUGCCUCGACGUGCGGACGAACGACCAGGGAGACCUCGUCGUGACGAAGGGCGACCAGUACGACGUGCGCGAGAAGACGGACGACCGCGGCGUGCGCAACCUCGGCAAGCCCGUCGAGCUGGCUAAGAAGUACUACGAGCAGGGCGCGGACGAGGUCACCUUCCUCAACAUCACGAGCUUCCGGGACUGCCCGCUGGCCGACCUCCCGAUGCUCGAGAUCCUGCGGCGCACGUCGGAGACGGUGUUCGUGCCGCUGACGGUGGGCGGCGGCAUCCGCGACACGGUGGACACGGACGGGACCAAGGUCAGCGCGCUUGAGAUCGCGAGCAUGUACUUCAAGAGCGGCGCGGACAAGGUGUCGAUCGGGUCGGACGCCGUGCUCGCCGCCGAGGAAUAUCUGGCCGUGGGGCGCAAGCUCUUCGGCAACACGGCCAUCGAGCAGAUCUCCAAGGCGUACGGGAACCAAGCGGUCGUCGUCAGCGUCGACCCCAAGCGCGUCUACGUGCCCAAGGUCGACGCCACCCGCCACGCCACCAUCCGCACCGAGUUCCCCGGGCCCCGGGGCGAGGAGUACUGCUGGUACGCCUGCACGAUCAAGGGCGGCCGCGAGACCCGCGACCUCGACGUCGUCGAGCUGGUCCGUGCCGUCGAGGCCAUGGGCGCCGGCGAGAUCCUGCUCAACUGCAUCGACCGCGACGGUACCAACUCCGGCUUCGACCUCGAGCUGAUUGACCAGGUCAAGGCUUCGAUACGGAUCCCCGUCAUCGCCUCUAGUGGCGCCGGCAACCCGACUCACUUCCAAGAGGUAUUUUCCAAGACGCGGACGGACGCCGCCCUGGGAGCAGGUAUGUUCCACAGGGGAGAGUACACCGUCAAGCAAGUCAAAGAUUACCUAGCAGAAAAGGGGCUAGAAGUGAGACAAUUCGAGGGAGAGUUAUGAUGGAAACCCGGGGUCGAAGGAGGUAUAAAGGGUCUGGCGCAUUUAUCGCAUUAUGGCAUUUGGUAGAAAGGCGUUUACGGAUUUAGAAUAAGGA